UUAGAGGAGGAAAACAAGAAAAAAAAUAUUCUGAACCAAUGGACUGCAGACAUAUUACAGGAGAUGACCAGAGACUGCGGACACAGUACAGGAGAUGACCAGAGACUGCGGACACAGUGCAGGAGAUGACCAGAGACUGCGGACACACUACAGGAGAUGACCAGAGACUGCAGACCUUUGGGGAGCAGAGGAGGGGUGGAGCGGAUACCCAAAUUUGACAGGUACCCGCUCCCACUUCCACGGAGUUGUCCUCCCUCCCCGUCUUCUGGGACACGUGACAGGUCCAAGAAGACUGCCGGACCAUUCACAAAGCGCAGUGCUUAUCGCACAUGUGCAGCGGGCACCUGGCUGUGAAGCCACAAGCUGUCACAGCCAUGUGCCCACACUAAAGAUGUCAGCCACAGGCGAGAAGAAGGUGAGCACAGCGCUGAACCGAGGAACAGGUAG